GAUGCUGAUCUGAAGAAAUGAAUAGUGUGAACGUUGGGGGCGGCAGUGGGAUUACUCAGACGGUGGCGAGAGAGACAUCAAGGAGAGCCCAGAGCAGAGGGGGAAAGGCAUCAUUCCCUUAGCUCGGGUCCACCCUGCCUCUGAAGGCUACGCUCUAACUGGCAUCAGCACACAAGCAUCAGGAUCAGGAUGGAAAUCGAGGUGUGGAACCUUUCUUCUUCGAGAGCCAUCGUUUCCUGGAAGCCCUUGGAGCCCUGCCAGGAGGACCACUACAAUGUUAUGUACAGGGCCAACUGGAACAACAUCUUCACUGGCUACAUUCGCAACAGCUUCCACUAUGAGGAGAAGGUGCCUCGAACCGUCAGCAGGGUGGCCCUCGAGCACCUCGCCCCUUCCACUUUCUACUUCCUGUGCGUCAGCUGCAAGAAGAUCACCUACCCCCACAAGCAUCACUGCACCAUGUUCUACACCCCGGAUAAGAACCCGCUGGUUCCCAGAGGCUACCUGGUAAACCCCCAGCUCUCCCUGUGGGUCCUGUUGGCCAUUCUGCUGGCCUGCUUCACAGCUGUGCUUGCUUUCAUCUGCCUCCAGUACUGGUGCAUCCGCUGCCAUGUGCCACGCUGGUCUUACAGAGAGCCCCACCUAAUGGAAGCCAAUGGGUUGGUGAGAUGGCCGCGGGACGGCCCGGCUCUCGAUCAGGAGGAGGAAGACCAGCAGGGGGUCCCCCUGGUGGAAAUGCCACGCAGAGAUUCAGGAGCUGGAGUGGAACCGGAGGCCGAAGCCGCAGCCGACGCCGCAGCUGCAGCGGAUGCAGAUGCCGAAGACGACCCGGACGCCCCCGAUGCAGGUGCCCCCCAGAGGGAGGGUGGUGGCCAACCUGGCAUUCUGCCUCAUUUUGAGGGGUGAGAGGUGGGGAGGAGGCAGCCCCCAAUCUGUGGCAUCAAGCCCUCCACACAGGAGUUCCUUUGUAAAAAUGUGUCCAUAGACUUUCCAUGUCUCCCUGCAAAUUCAGUGUUCUUGUGGAUCACCUGGCUCAGCGACCACACUCCUCAAGCCGGAGGACUCACCCCAUGCUGUGCUCCAGGAGAAGCAUGGCCUCUCAGGGGGGCCCAGUGGGGGCUGGUGCAGUUAGAAAUAUAAAAACCUAUUUUAACAUGAAAACAAAUGUGAAUUCCUUACAAUGUAGAAAGUGAAACGUGCAUGACUUGACAAAACACAGGACUUCAGGGGAGCUGUGGAGGUGAAGACGGGCUCGCUGAGCUAGGCGGCCAGCUAGCUUCAGGCCGAAGCCCAGCCUCUGCUUUGGGGAGGCUGUUUUGGAAACGCGGACGAAGGCUCACCCCAGCC